AUGGUGGAGCCGGUUCGGAGGAAGCAGCUGCAGCCGAAGCAGAAGGGGACAGGCUCGCCACCGCUCCUUAAUGGCUGCUUGGCCGUCGCGAUCAUCGUGGGCUCGGAAAGGAAAAAGACAGAGCAGCAAUUCACCGCAGCGGAUCUGGACGUGGAUGCCGUCAAGGCAGAAGCAGCCGAGCAAGAGCAAGAGGAGAAGGACAAUGGUGAUGAGGAGGCACGGAGCAUACGACUCAUCGCAUGUGCUGCUGCAGCAAGCAGAGCUGUGCCCUCGCUUGCCUUCAACGGUUGUGAUGGAACCUUCAGCCGAACAAAGAAGGACACCUGGGAUGAGGUCAAGUAUAUCCUGGAGAUUGACAUGGCAGGCAGAGAGGAUGGCCGCAGCGUGGAUCCGAGAUCUGACAACUUGAACGAAUUCCGUCAGAUCAUGAACCGCGAGGUGCUUCCAGACCUCGAUAAUGCCGUCAAGGACUGUGUGUUCGGCGUUAUUUCUCUCAUCUGGUUGACGCUCGCCCUGGUCGACUCCGAGGAGGGUUUGGAACGAGCGCGGGAACUGGAGGCCAUUGCUGACGGCUUGUUCUUCCAGUUUUCAGAGCUCGUCGAGGAAUCUGGCUGGCCGCUUGAUCCAACGAAGUUUUUCAGCUACAGGCAGCUUCUUGGACAUGAAGACAACGAAUGUGGGGGAUCGCAACUGCGUGUCUUUAUGUACAAUUCCACCUCGGACUUGACACAGCGGCGAUUGAUUACAGGCUCCGGGAUGAUGGCUGCAGCAACUCACAUACAUUCCUACCUGCAGCGUGCCUCCUGCGUCGUGCAGGAUCCGGAGACUGCAGACCUCUUCUUCAUUCCAGCUUACCAUGGCGACCAGUACAACAAUUUCCUUGAGAAACGUGCUCAUGCAGACGACUCUGAAUUCUCGCAUCUUGCGCGGCGGCGAGGACAAGAUCAUUUCUUUGUCGUCUCGGCGAACCUGCCGUCUUGGAAACAUCUUGCUCCACUUCGCAACGCAAUUCUCCUCACAGUUGAAUCUUGGCAAAUCAAUGAUGAUCUUCCGCGGUGGUAUUCGCCCUGGAAGGACAUCAUGAUACCAGGUUACAUUGACCGUUGGCGGAUUGACGCGAUGCGGAUGGUCAACAAACCCACGAAUGAGCGCGGUUUCCUGAUGGUGUUUCAUGGGAAUCAUCCUGGGAAUCACGGCCUCUACGUGGCACACAAGGCUAAGGUGCGCACACAAAUCCUGGAGUCUUUCACUGGCAUACCAGACUGCAGCGUUGGCGGUCCUGUGUCGGACUUCUUCCAGAGGAUGGGAAGAACUCAUUUCUGCUUGGUUCCUCGUGGCUCUUCGGCAUGGACGAUUCACCUUUACGAGAGCUUCUUCUUCGGUUGUAUUCCUGUAAUCAUAUCCGACUUCUUGGAUGUCCCCUUUCAGAAUGUUGUCGACUGGCCUGCCCUGAGCAUCAAGUGGCCGGAGGAGAAGGUCGGCCCGGAGCUCCUGAGCUACCUGCGCAGCAUUCCUCUGGAAAGGAUCGCCAAGAUGAAGCAAAAGCUCGAAGAAGCCGCCUGCUUCUUUGACUUCCACCGGGGUUGGGGCCGAAAACGCCGAAACGAAGCCGGCGAAAGCGACUCCAACUCCUGGCUCUCAUGGGCCAAGGACCAGGUGGCGCUGGGUGUGGAUUGCCAGUACCUGCAGCAUGGAGACGGGACGUCGGCAGAAGACUGCAAGCGCAGCUGUACACGACAUCAGCGCUGCAACACUGUGAACUUUUCACCUGGACGCGCACUGGAGUCAGGGGAUUGUGUGCUGAGGAGCUGUAGAGACCCAGCGCAGCCUGCACUCACGGGAAGUGCCAGUGGCUGGCAAGUUUGGUCUAUGGUCAAUGAUGCGGACCUGCACUGCUCGCCAUACCAUGCAAUCUUCAGCCAGCUGCAGCAGCGAACGAGGCGGCCUUUGCAGCAGGGCGCCUCCACUUCGUACUGCUCGCACCGACGCUGGCCGACACUGUGGUGCAGAGCGCCGCCGACGAUGCGGCGAAGGAAGCGAUCGUGGCGGUGUUGGUCGUAG